AAUUAGUUAUCAAGCCCAGUAUAAUAGCUUCGACAAUUUACACUGCACGUUAGGCCAGCAAAGCUCACCUUAUCAGACAUGGCUGCUCCUGCUGCUUUUGCUAGCGCGAACUCGGUUGGGAUACGUUUGCUGAGCCCACCUUGCAUUUUGGCAGCAAAGGGGUCUCAGUUCCUGUCGCCAUCCUCAUUCUGUAAAUUGAGCUUUGCUCCUCUGCAGCUGCGGAGCUCUUUAUCUUCAAGAAAGCUUCUGGUUCGAGCCGCUAGGACCGAGUCUAAAGGGGUCUCCUUGGGCUUCAGAGCUGCAGAUUUUCAGCUUCCAGAGCCUCUUACUGGGAAAGUUUGGACAUUGGAGGAUUUUGAAUCAUAUCCUGCUUUACUGGUUAUGUUUAUCUGCAACCACUGCCCAUUUGUUAAACUCUUGAAGAAAGAUUUUGUGAAGCUUUCUAAUUUUUACAUGAAGAAAGGACUUGCGGUUGUUGCGAUAUCUUCAAAUUCUGCCUCUACACACCCACAGGAUGGACCUGAAUUCAUGGCUGAAGAUGCUAAACUUUUUCAGUAUCCUUUCCCAUAUCUAUAUGAUGAGACGCAAGAUGUUGCAAGAGAUUUUGGGGCAGUUUGCACCCCUGAGUUUUUCCUGUUUAAAAAGGAUGGUCGGAGACCAUUUGAGCUAGUGUAUCAUGGACAAUUUGAUGAUUCCAGACCAAGUAAUGGUGUUCCUGUUACUGGAAGGGACUUAAGCCUCGCAAUAGAUUGUGUUCUUAGUGGGCAACCAGUGUCUUCGGUGCAGAAACCAAGUGUUGGAUGCAGCAUAAAGUGGCACCCUGAGACAAGUUUUUAAUCUGUACACCCUGGCUCAACUUUAUUGCUAUCAUAAUAUCUCUAUAACUUGUACUGUGAUGUGAUCUUUGUUUGAUAAAGGCCUGCUUGAAAAGGGUAAGUGUUAGACUAGUAUAAUACUAUUGUUGGCCCUGCUUAGGCUGUUAGGAUGGAUUGAUAAUGUAAUGAUAUCCAUUUCUUGUUUUGAUUUUCUUGAGAUCAUGCCUAAUUUUUGCUAGUCCAAUGAGAAAGUCAUCUCCAUUAGGUUCAACUAUGGAUUUGUAUAAGAAUGUAUCUGGAAAAGUAACCAAAAGGCCUAGUCAUUGAACUAUGCAGAACUCUAAACAAGGAAAACAAGGGAAUUUGCUAUUUCCCUAUCCUUCAUAUGCUA